AUGAAUGGUAUUGCAUAUCCUUUCGAUUUACUAUAGAAUGAAGACAAACUUCACUUGUUUUAAAAUAUAAAAGCCAAAAUUUAUGGAUAAAAUGAUGCUUAAAUUUCUAUAGAGCCAAUACAUGGAUCUCUAUUUAUAACAAAUAUUAGAAUAUGUUGGUUCAACUUUCCUAAGAAAAUUGAAGAAUUAAGCCCUUAAGAAAGAUAAUUAGUUGAAACAAUUUAAGAUAAGCAUGGAUAAAAAAAGGAAUUGUGGUAAUAAUUGAAUUUAAAUGGAAAAUCUUUUAUGUUCCUUUAUUCUCGAUUAUUAUCACAUGGUUUAUAGGGAAAUAAAUUACGUUGUUUUAUUGGAGAAUUAGAAGCUGAAGAUGACAUCUAUGUUCAAUAGAACAAAAAUACAGGAUUAGAAGACUUCUUAGAAUAAGAGAAUCCUGUCAAUAUUGUGAAUUUAGAAGGAGGAAAAUAUUAAGUAAUUAUUUUAAUUAUAAUUUUAGAUAGAAUUUGAUUUAUAGCUUUUAGAUAAACAGACUCAAGAUGAGAUUUUUGAUCUAGUAACUGAAUACUCAAUAAACCAAAAGGAAUCAAAUGAUUCUGAAGAAAGUAAUUGAUUUUAUAUUUAAAUAUAUAUAUAUAAAUAUUGUAAUAAAUUAUCAGAAAAUCAAAAAGAAAUGAAUGAUGAAAAAAUUAAUACUAAGAAUGAUAAAUUCAGUUAGGGUAAUAAAGCUAUAAAAAAUAUUUAUAAAAUUAUUAAACCUCCUAAUUGCAAAAGAUUAUUGUUGAGACCUAAUGGAAAUAUGUAAAAUAAUAACGUAAAUUUUUUAGCAUAAUAAAUUAUGUAGAGUAAGGAGAUUAUUUAAUUUUUAGAAAAACUUAACUAUAUGUAAAUAGUUAGAACUUUAUUUCUAUUCCAGUUGAUUUUGAACAAACUAAUUAAACAGUUUAUGAGGGAGGAAUAGAUGGAAUACAUUUUUUACCUUAUGGAAAAGGAUUAUUUAGGAAUAAGUAUUGCUAAUUUGAUGGUUAGUUUAAAGAUGGAUUUGCUAGUGAUUUUUGCACAAUAGAAUUGAAUUAAUAAAAGUGUAAAAUCUAAUGUUAAUAUUAAUGGGGUUAAAGGCAUGGUGUUUAUGAGGAAGAAAGUGAUAAUUAUUCUAUUGAAUGCUAUUAUUAAAAUAAUCUAAAAGAAGGAAAGUUUAUUUAGAAAUAGAAAAAGGGUGAUAAUUAAAAUGUUAUUUAAGAAAAAUAUUAAUAUUACAAAAAUGGAACAAUAAUAACAAAAAAAGAAUAUAAUAAAAAUGAAUAUUAAAAAAACAUUAAUUAAAAAACUACUCGUUAUCUAUUAACUCAUUAGGAAUUUACAAUUUCUAAUAAUAUUUUUAAAGGGUUUAAUUAUGGAGAAUGGCUUAAUCAAUUAUGUGUAGAUUAUUAUUUAUAAUUGGUGAUAGAUUAUUAUAAAUUAGCUUAAGGAUAAUCAAUUAAACUACUUAAUACAAUAGAAUGUUAAGAAAUAUUUUCAAGUUUAAUAACUACAAAGGAAUCAAAAGUUGUUAUUUUCCCAUAACUUAUGGAAAUAAAUCUUAAAUUAUCAGAAAUUGACAAAUUGAUUUUUAUAAUGAAUGUAGAUAGAAGUCAUUUUUUAGUAUUGGUAUACUAAAAUGAAUAUCUUUAUAUGCUAAAUUCAUUAAAUAAUAAGUUGGAUUAAGUUAUAUUAGAUUAAGUUGCAAAGAUUUUUCCUAAAUUAAAAAGAGCAGAAAAAGGUAAAGAAAAAAUGAAGAUUGUAAAUGUUGCACAAUAAACUAAUACUUUUGAUUGUGGAAUUCAUUCUAUUUACAAUACAAUAUUAUAAUACAAAUACUUUAAUAAAAAUGUUGAUGAGAUUGAAUAUCAAGUAACUAAAAAGAUGAUGGAGAAAUUUAGAAUACAUAUAAAGAAUGUUCUAAUUAAUGAUUAUGCCCAUAUACUACCAUAAAUUUCUGAUUCUAAAUAAAAUCAUAGAUUUUGA